AUGGCUGCCAUGGAAAACCUAGACCUUGGCAGGGAAGAAUUCCGGAAGAUGUUUAAGGAAAAGAACCAUAAUAACAAGUCAGUUGUAGCAGUUGCUAAAGCUGGAGGAGACAAGUGGAAAUCUUUAACGGAAGAAAAAGCUCCAUACGUAGCCAGUGCAGCAAAGCUCAAAGCCGAUUACACCAAAACCAUGGUUGCCUACAACAAAGGCCAGUCUGGUGGAGGAGGAGGAAGUCGUGCUACUGUCGUAGAUGAAGCAGAAGAAGAAGGCGAGGAAUCCGACAAGUCAAAAUCCGAGGUGAAUGAUGACGAUGAGGAUGAUGAUGAAGAAGAGGUCUGA